CACAACAUCACAACAACAUAACCUGCUGACCUGACUGUUCUUCGUUCUUGUUAACUGUCGCUGUUAUUCUCUACUAACUUGUGUGUUGUGUACUAACUGCCUAUUUCGAAGACAAUAAUUUCAGGUUAGUUGACAACAUCAAGAAAUAUGUACAAACUAUUAAAAUUAGCUGGACUUUCUCAAGUUGUCAGAAAAAGUACAUGUAGGCCUAGGCCUAUUUGCCACAGAAACAUGCUAAGAUUAUCCGCUAUUUCAAAUAACUUUCAAGAUUCUAUUUCCUUAUGCCAGGUGCUUCAGCUAAGUACUCUAUCUUAUCAAAAUAAAAGGGUAGGCCUACUCAACAUUUUGGGACUACACAGAGGCACAUCAAGUAAGCCUAUAGACAUGUCGACAAGUGUUAGUGAUGAGUUCCGCCACCUUGACUACAAACAGCUGAUCGAGACUAAGAACAGCCCGAACAACAUUGUGAUUGAUGUGAGAGAGAAGAAGGAACUGGAUGAAACUGGAGUAAUCCCUGGAGCUCAUCAUAUUCCUCUUGGUGACAUUGAAACAGCAUUCAACACCCCAGAAGAUGAAUUCAAGAAGAAGUACAAUUUUGAAAAGCCAACAACGGAGGAUUCAGUCAUCUUUUCUUGUAGAUCUGGAAAAAGAAGUUUGGUGGCUUUAGAAAAGGCUUUAGCAAGUGGAUUCAAAAAUGCCAAACACUACAAAGGGGGCUGGUUGGACUGGGAGAAACACAUAUCCGAGUCUAAAAACUAAACACUCCUUAAAGGUUCACUACUAGAAGACUGUUAUUGAGCUAUUAUUCUAUUAGAAAUUGUAAUAAGAUGUUACAAACAGAGAAGAUUAAGGAUAUCGUUAUAGUCAUAAUCAAAGUUAGUAUAUUACAGUACAACAACAAUGAUUUAUGACUGCCAAAAUGUCUCAUAAGGUUUUAUCAAUAUAUUUAUUAAAUCUAAGGUAAUUUAAUGAAUCAUUAAUUUGUAAUUUGUAGCAUUUGCUAGGGUGCUUACAAACAGUCCUAAUUCUAAAUAGAUUUUUUCAGAUCAUUAUUAUGGCAUUAUUAAUCUAGAAUUUUUCUCUGAAAAUAAAAAAAAUAAUCCAAUUUUUUUAAUUGAACAAAUUUAAUAGGUGCUAAUUUACAUCUAAUCAUCAUUCAAACAACAAUUUAAUAGGACAAAAUUAAGAAGUUGUGAAGAUUUUAAUUGUAUUUCUUGUAAAAGAUAUAUAAUUAUUUGAUCAAAUGUUUGGUUUGGAGGGAAUAAUGUCAAUUUUCUUAACGUUUAUCUGCGCCUUAAUUUGUCAAAAAAGGGUAAUUGACAAAGACAAUGAUCAAUACACUGAAAACUACACAACUGUUGAACAAUAUGUUGGCUCCAAAUCAUAUAGAUAGCUUAAAUAGACAGUACUUUCAAAGCUUAAGCUGUACUCAACUAUUGUAAGUAAUUUUACUUUAUAGUAAAUUAAUUAUUUUUCUGUGUAUAUUAUAAUCAUGAUGUUAUAAUAGGUAUAUAGUUGGGUAGCUGAGAGGUAAUAGUGCUCGCCUAGUAAUCAACAGGUCGCUGGGUCGAUCCUGAGAAAAGUUAGUAGCUUUUGGAUUGUUUGAAACUAGACCCAGCUGUCCUUGAUCAUUGGGCCUAAAUGGUCCUGGCUAAUGAAACAGCUGGUCUCAAUCAGUAACAAGCUAUUCAAUAUCAGAGGCGUAAGUACAAUGAUCAGUAUAUCGCCAUAGAUUUCCGUGACCGCGGCCAAAUCUUGAAUAUCUCCAUCUUCAUGAACAUGUCGUCUCCCACGGUCGUGCAAAUUCGUCAUCAUUUCCCGUGAUCGUGGCAACAUCUUGUACAUCAUCCGCAGUCUUGUAGCUUGUCAACAUCAUCAUCGUCUCCCGCAGUCACAGUAACGUCAUCUUUUUUAACGGAAUAAUUAUGAAUAUAUUCUUCUGUCUUGAAGACAUCACCUUCAUCUUCUGCGACCACGAAAACAACGUCAACUUUCUCUGCGAUUGUGGCAAAAUCGUGAAUAUCUUCUUCAGUCUUGUAGACAUCAUCUUCGUCUCCCGCAGUAACAGAAAGGACUUCAACUAUUUCUGAGAUAGCGUCAACAUCAUGAAUAUAUUCUUACUUCUUGCAGACAUCAUGUUUGACUCCCGCGGUCACGGAAGCAACGUCACUCUUUCUUCGUGAUUACGGUGGACAAUCAGCGCCUAUACAUCAGCGCCAUCCCCCCCUUGUUAUUUACACCUCUGCAAGGCAUCUCACCCAUUCGUUCAUUCUACACUCAUAUUUGGGUUAAAACUAGGUGACAUCCCCAUCACAAUUUGGUAAUUUUAGUUAAUUAGCUGGGGCCAAUUCCUUGAUGACCAAGUUUAAUUAGGAUGCUUUGUCUUGUCAUUGGAGUUUGUUUGUACAGUUUUAACUUUAUAUUUAUAUUUAUUAUUCAUAACAGUACUUGAGCAAAAUUUUAAUUGUUACCUGUGAAAAAUAAAUCAUUAAAUAAAUAUAUUUAUGUAAUGUUGAUAUA